GGAAUGAAUGAGCAUAGUCUCUUCUCUUUUAUAUUCUCUCUUUCUCAAAAUUCCUGAUGAUGAUUCAAAAAACAUAUAAAAACAAACCGAUGAGAAAAAAUUAGCGGCAAAAUCUCCAAAAAUGGUGAAUCAGUCAUCCUCCUCUUCCUAUCCAAUCCUCUGUGCCUCCUUCAAUCAGGAUAACAGUUGCUUUGCAAUUGCGACGAGGGAUGGAAUCAAAAUAUUUGAUGCCAAUAGUGGGAGGCUGUGUUAUGAACGAGCUAUUGGAGCAUUUGUCAUUGUGGAAAUGCUUUAUGCCUCAAGUCUUCUUGCCAUUGUCGGAGCUGGUGAACAGGCAUCUCUAUCCCCACGACGUCUAUGUUUAUUCAAUAUUACAACUGGAAAUGCUCUUCGAGACCUAAAUUUCUUAACUUCAAUCCUUGCUGUUCGUGUUAAUAGGAAAAGAUUGGUUGUUACUUUGCAAGAAAAGACAUACAUAUAUGACAUAAACAGCCUUGAUAUCUUGGACACAAUAGAUACAGUGCCAAAUUUUAAAGGACUUUGUGCAUUUUCCCCAAGUUUGGAUGGGUGCUUUUUGGCUCUUCCAGCGAGUGCAACGAAAGGAUCUGUAUUAGUCUACAAUGUCAUGGAACACCAUUCUCACUGUGAGAUAGAUGCUCAUCGCUCACCGCUGACUGCGAUGGUUCUUUCUUCAAAUGGAAUGUACAUAGCAACGGCAUCUGAACAGGGAACCAUAAUCAGAGUUCACCUUGUUUCAGAUGCGACUAAGCAGUCAUAUAGCUUCCGAAGGGGGACAUACCCAUCAACUAUAUUUUCGUUGUCAUUUGGGCCAUCCAUGCAACUUCCAGAUAUUCUUGUAGCCACAAGUUCUUCAGGUUCUGUUCAUGCUUUCCCUCUAGGAUUCGCUUUAAAUCAAAGAAGCAGAAGACCAAGUAGUUUUCUUGGGUCUAUAAUCCCAGAAUCUGUUAAUGAUGCAUCGGCUCAUCAUCAUGUACUCCAUAAUGCUUCUCCAGCACGAGUUAAAAGUUAUGCAGUGAUUCGCAAGGUAGAUAAAGUUGCAGAAUCAUCUAUGUCUGAAUCUGCGGCAUACAGAGCCACUAUAUCCCUCAUCACCUACAGCGGGUACUUUCUGGAGUACAGUUUAAGUAUCAACCAUCAGAACGAGUCAUCAUGGAUAUUGGAGCGUGAAUUCAAUCUUUUAACCGUGAUCUCUGAAUGCGUCAACUCAUGAUCAGGUCAUUGAUUCAUUUGUUUUCUCAUCAAUAGCAGCUCGUCCUUUAAGUAAGCAAGCACAUCGCCUAGCACUGCAUAGAUAGAGGCCCCACUAAUAUAUUGAUUAAUGUUAGGGUGAUUAUAUUUGAGUAUUGUACUCAGGUACGAAAAUAUUUAUAGUGUUCUAUUUAAAUUCAAAAUGUUAAUGAAAAAGUAGUCUUAAUCUUGA